UUUUUUUUCUUUAAAGGAUGUUUGCAUGCCAUUCUGAAGGAGAAAAGUGCCGAGUAUCUGAAGGAACAUGUGCUCCAAGAUAAAGGAUGAGAUGGAAGUCCAGGCAAUGCUUGUUGUGUGGACAUUUAUAACCCUGUGCUUGGUUUCAUACACUGCAGCAUUUUCCCAUGGUGCCAGUCUUUCAGCAUGUACUGACAUGAGGCCGAAACAUAUCAGGGCUCAUCUUCAGAAUCCACAAAAUAACUAUAUUACCAUCCACACCAAUAUGUCCUUUUUUCCAGGUGACAAGGUACCAGUCACAGUUCGGAGCACACGUGAUUUUAUGGGUUUUAUGCUUCAAGCUCGCAGGGUGUCGAAUGAUCAAAUUGCUGGCACUUUUGUGUACAUCCCUCCUGGCUCCAAACUACUGACUUGUUUUGAAGAUGGUGACACUGUCACCCAUUCAGAUAAGUCACUGAAGAGAAACUUGUCCUUUGUGUGGAAAGCACCGGAUCAGCCCAUUGGAGACGUCAGGUUCUUUUUAUCAGUCGUCCAGUCGUACUUUGUUUACUGGGCAAGGAUUCAGUCUUCUAUUGUGUCUCAACAAACGCAAAACAGAACUACUGCUGAAAGUACUGUAGCUUCCAUCGCUAUAAAGCCAACACGUCUUCAAACACUUAAUGAUUUAAAAGGAUCAUUUCCUUCAGACAAAGAAAGUUUUAUACCUGGCAUCUUCUUAACUCAGUUUCAAAGAUCUUCAUUGAGCAGCCUGUCUGGGAUUGCAGCAACAUUGAUUUCGGAUCCAGCUUAUGGUGAACGACAAGUCUCUUUGUCUGAGCCCCGUGACAAUGGAAGAUUUUUGCCUGAAUCCCUCACAGAGUCAGUCACUUCACAUGCCAUCAGAUCUAGUGGAGAAAAACAAGUUAAUGGAAGUGGCACAGAUGACAAUCUCACACUGGAGUCCUCACUUCAGUUCCAGAACCUCAGCGUCACUGCACAAGAUUAUUCCUCUCAUCACAGCUCUUACAAUGGGACAGAAAAUACUUCAACUCUUCCCACGUCACAAGUGUGUUUGAUAUGUAAAGAAGGCAUGGAGGUGGUUUCUGCAAGUUCUAAUCCAUCAGUAAGCAAGUCUACACCACCCAUUGCAGCUUCAGUUCCGAUCCAUCUUUGGGAGCCAGCGCUGUUUUCAGGAAUGGGAAAACGACCAGAGCAUUUAGCUAGAGAAGAAGACACUGAUAUCUACCAAAGUUUAUCAGCAGCAUCGAUGCAGAUGGCAGAGAAGCAGUCCAUGACCCAGAAUGUUUCAGCAAACUUCCUACCCCAGGCAGAAGUUACAACAGCUGGCCAGGAGAAAAGGUGGGAAAAGGAUAUUUCUGGAAACAUUCUCAUGAAGGUAACAAGGACAAUACCCAAACCUGCUGUUUCUGGAAGAGGAGGAGGAGGAGGAGGAGAAAAGCCACAGAAAGGGUCCCAGCUUGUAGCAGCUCAGCUGGGCGUUCUCCUUGGAUGUUCGGCUGUCUUCGGCAUGGUCCUAGCCAUUGGUUUACGGUGCAUCCAUUCCCAGUAUUGUCACAAGCGAACGGAAGUGUCCUUUAGUGAACCAGAGAACAACGUCAUUGCACUCCAAGAGAGUGGAGAGAUGAUGCAUUUCAGAAAGAUACGAGAAAACAGCUUUGUCCUGGUCCAGGCAGAGUACAACUGGAUUAGCCCAUCAGGGAAUGGGAAAAAAGCUGUUAUGUAGGACGCCUGCUAACUCAUGUGAUGCGUCCCCUCCUCCUGCUACCAGAUAACAUGGGUAACUUCAUCCAUGAGCCUUUGGUAAAAAUUAGCAGUAACACAGAGAAUACAACAAUGGUAUAUAAUAACCCUCUAAGCAAAUAUACUCAGUGCUUUACUUGCAGGACAUAAGCUGCUUAACUCCUUUACAGAUGUUGUAAAAUGUAGAUGAUCUUCAUUUCAGAUAUCACGAAAAUAUGAAUAGACAUUUUGUUCAAAGUGUUACACUUGGUGCAAUUAAUAUUGCAUACCUGCUCAUUAAACAGAGCUGUAGUAGCCAUUACAUUUCCUUUGUUGCCUUAAGGUACCACCAGAAAUAGAAAUCCUUUUCUCGGCAGUUGAGUUUUGCCUCCCAUUUAGUCUCCGAAACAAAGUUUCUGCCUUUGCUGUUGUUCUUUUCAGGCACACACAAGCCCUCACUUCACUUCUCACUUAGGUUGUGAUGCCUUUGUUUUGGUGUGUGAUGUUUCUCAAAUCGGUCAAAUGUUUGCCACUUCAGCUAACUUUCCUGUCAAGAAAAACAAAACAGAGCAAUACUGGCAGUUAAGAGAAUUGAUCUGUGGCAUGCAAGCACUGGCUGACUGUAUUGUGAAUUGAUCUCCAGGAAGGAAACAAAGACACAGCAAAUGCCACCUUGUGGGAGAGAAACAUGGCUCCUCAUCAGGUGCAAAUGGAGAGAGAGAGAGAGCUUCUUUUGGCCAUUUGCACCUUGAUAAACUGCUUGGUUUAAUCCCCGCAGCUGGCACAUGCUUUGUUUUUCUCCUUCAGGUCAGUUUGAUACAGCCACUGGAACCAGGAUUUUACUGAAGAGUAGAAGCCCAUUGUAGGAAGCUCCAUUGAUGCUUUUACCACAACUUUUGCAGCAUUUAAGCAUGCUUAAUGUCACAAGGAAACUUUCUUCUGACACAAGCUGAUGCCAGAUUUACGGGAACCAGUUCAAUGGCAUUGGCUCAGAGUAAUCUGGACAGUGGUGCCUUUUCUGGAACUUUUAACUGCUAAUCUUCUUUUCUGGCUUCACUGACCGAUCCAUAAUGGCAACUUCUCCCAAGGAGUCACUUUCAAACUCAGCUUGAAGCUGCAUUUCCUAGCAACUGUAACCAAGGGAGCCAUGUUCUAUGCCCAAAAGAGAGCAGAAAAGCCAGGCAUCUGGCCUGCUUAGCUACAAGACAACAUCCCUUGCAGGUUACUCAGAGAACGAAAACAUUAGAAAACACAACCAGGUGAACAUAAAUGAUGCCUUCAGCCAGUCCGGUGAAGAAUGAGCAUGCACAGUGACCAUGGAAUGGUAGAUUACAGUUUACUGUAAGGGGCAUUUUUUAAAAAGCCACAAAGAGUUGGAAUGGGAAGGAAUGCUGUGGAAGAAGGCACAGAUGCUUGGCUGGGUCACAACAGGAAUAUUCUACACUGCAAUGUCAUAUUUUAUUUCAUUUUCAUUUUCCCUACAGUGAAGCAAACGUCCACAGAGGAUCAUGAAACUUUUUCAAUAUAGUAUACAAUGUGCAUACUCCUUCUUACUCAGAAAGGUUUAAUUUAUUGAAAAUACUUAUAUCCAAUAUUUUGCGCUCAAUAUGAGAAAGUCAAAGCAGGCCACACAUUUGAUAUUUUAACAAUCAAAUCAACUAAAAAUAGAUACAUUUUUAGAGCACAAAGCAGCAGCUAAUAGCACCAAAAUAUUGGUGAGGGGAAAGUUAGGGAAAACACAAGUGUCUGACAGUCUCUUCUUAAGACAGGCCAUACAGUUUAUGUUUCCUAAAAUAUUUUGAAUAAUGUUAAGUAUGGAUUUCAAUUAUGG